AUGUUGGCAGGACAGAGAAAAUCAGAGAUUGCACCAAGUGCUUGCAUGUUUGACAGCGGCAUAGAAAGGAUCAAGCCAGAUAAGAUGCGUCUCUGCUUUGACGAAGAUGAGAACUUCAAAGAAACACAGCAGCCAUUGGAAGGAGGUGUAAAUUUGUCCAUUGCUCUUCAGGAAAACCACCACCAAACGCCCAACUCUGUCUUUGAUCACUUGGUGGAUUGCUUGUACCAAUUUGACAAGAUUUCUGAACCAUACUGGUAUCAGAUAGGCGGAUCGAAGAAAAGGAAAUGUUACCCGACCAUCGGGGCAUUCCAUCAGUUGUUCUUUUUACCAAAAGGACGGGGCUUGGAUAUGCUAUGUGAAUCUGGGCUUAUUGAAAUGCGUAACACCGGUGAAUUGCGAUUCAAGAGGGUUGCUACUGAAGUAUUGCAAGCGAAGAUUCCUUCCUGCGAGUUUAUGUUACCUGAAUACUGGCAAAGAGUCUGCUACCUCCGAAUUGGUUCUGCCAAGUGUUGCAAUAGGGAAAGGGUGACUUAUUCUUUGAGCCAUCAAAUGAAAAUGAGACUUCGAAGACCAAAAUUUGCUUUGCCUCUAUAUCCCAUCGUCCAUACGUUCAGAAGUCAAUAUCUCGCAAAGGUGAUGAGAGAUGCGGAUGGCAAUCGGGAUACUGCUCCUACUCUUGCGUGUGGCAACGAAGCAAGGGCGCUCCGAACUAUAACAAACGAAAUCCCACUAACGGAGAUCCAACCCAAGAGGGAUAGUGUUCUUUCUACUCCUGUCGCUGGCAAACAAGAAAGGGCGCUCCGAACUGUAACAAACGAAAUCCCCCAGAUGGAGAUCCAACCCAAGAGGGAUAGUGUUCUUACUACUCUUGUCGCUGGCAAACAAGCAAGGGCGCUUCGAAACAUAACAAACGAAAUCCCCCAGACGGAAAUCCAGCCCAAACGAGUUCGAGAUGCCAAUCUAACACAAAAAGGUGGCACUUUUGCCCUAUGA